AUGAAUAACAUUGGCAACUGGAACACCAGGGGGCUCAAUGACCCCCUGAAGCAAGUGGAGGUAAGGAAAUUAAUAAAUAGUAGUAGUUUAAAAUUUUGUGGUCUUGUGGAAACUAGAGUGAAAGCUAGUUAUAAAGAAAGAAUUAGGAAUAACAUCAUGCCUGGCUGCACUGAUCAAGCUUUAUUUGCUAAAAUGUCCAUCAUGAAUGGACCAUGGUUUGUUCUAACUAUUGUCUAUGGCCAUAAUAUUGCAGUCCAAAGAGAAGAACUUUGGACAACUUUGAAUAAUUUUGCUGCUAAUAACAGUCUCCCUUGGUGCAUCCUGGGGGACUUUAAUGCUUACUUAUAUGCACAUGAAAAGGAGGGAGGAGAUCAUGUUUCUUCUUCCUCAAUGUCCAGUCUACAAGAUUGUUUUCAGGACUCUCAACUGUUUGAUUGCCCCUAUAUAGGAUGCCACCUCACUUGGUCUAAUAAGCAGGAUGCUCCUACCAGAAUUACUGGAAAACUGGACAGAGUUGUCAUCAAUCUAGCAUGGCUUGAUUGCUUCCCAGACUCCAUCACUGAAUUCCUCACUAGUGGAAUAUCUGAUCAUUCCCCCAUGAUACUUAGCACUUUUGAAGAUAGAGGAAAGGGUCCAAAAGCCUUCAGAUUUUACAACACAUGGACUGAAGAGGCUGAUUUCAUGGAAAUAGUGGAGGCUGCUUGGAAUAUUCAAGUGCAAGGCACCCCAAUGUACAUUUUUGUUACUAAGCUCAAGAAUGUUAAAGCCCACCUAAUUGCUUGGAGAAAAAGAAGAUUCACCAAUUUGAACAAUCAGGUUAUUGAAGCAAAGAGUCACUUGGUGUCAGCUCAGCUUAUGCUUCAAGAAAACCCUUUCUGCCCUGCAUCCAUCAAUAAUGAGAAAGUAGCAAUUAGAUAUUAUGCAAAGAAGGCAAGAUUAACCAAGGAUGAAUACAUAGCCAGGGAGUGUGUUAACUAUUAUACUCAGCUUUUUGGUCAACAAUCUGCCUCUCCUAUUGAUCAACUUGCAUGGGACCAAAUUCAGCUCCAACACACUGUCUCUGAGGAGGAUGCAAAUGGGUUAGAAUUACCUGUCACUAAUGAUGAGAUUGUUUAUGCUCUGUCUACUAUAGACUCAGAUAAAGCUCCUUGGCCUGAUGGGUUUUCUUCCCAUUUUUUCAAAAGAUGCUGGAGGAUUAUAGGCACAGACUUCAUUAAAGCCAUCAAAAGUUGCUUCUCAAGUUCCAAGAUCCUAGGUGAGGUUAAUGCAACCCUUAUCUGUCUUAUCCCAAAAACUCAAACUGCCUCCAUCUUAAAUGACUUCAGGCCUAUAACAUGCUGCAAUACAAUGUAUAAAUGCAUCACCAAAAUCUUAACUGUUAUGCUAAAACAUAUUGUCAAAAAGAUUGUAAGCCCUUGCCAGUCUGCUUUCAUCUCUGGAAGGUCAAUCCAAGACAACAUAAUGCUUGCUCAUGAGUUAUUGAGAAACUAUCAUAGGGACAGUGGAGCUCCAAGUUCUCCUAAAUUCUCUAUUAUGGUCAAUGGAACAGCCCAUGGUUAUAUAGCAGGGAAAAGAGGUAUCAGACAGAUGCAAGGACCCUAUGUCACCCAUCUCUGUUUUGCUGAUGACUUACUGGUGUUCAUGAAUGGAGAUGUUACUUCUGCUAAUGCCUUGGCCACUGCCCUCAAUAUCUUCUCUGCCAGAACAGGCAUUGUGGUCAACAACAACAAAAGCAACAUUUUCAUGUCUUCUUUGGACAGUAUAACUUCCUAUGGCAUCAAAACUUUUCUUGGAUUCCAGAUGGGCACUCUCCCAGUUAAGUAUCUUGGUCUUCCUCUUCUCUCCACCAGACUGUCCCAAUCAGACUGCAUUCCUCUCUUUCAUCAUGUCACCUCAAGAAUCAAAUCUUGGAAGGUUAGAGUAUUAUCUUACGCAGGGAGAGUUCUUCUCAUUAAGGUUGUUCUCAGUAGCAUGCUCAUCUUUUGGACUGCUUGUUUUGUCCUCCCUAAGAAGACUAUAAACUGCCUCAACACCUUAUUUAGGAACUUCUUAUGGGCUGGUAUAGAUCUUACUUAUAAGCAGCCUGCAGUCAGCUGGACCAUUAUCUGUCAUCCUUACAAAGAAGGAGGUUUGGGUAUAAGGUGUAUUGAGACAACUAACACUGCAGCAAACUUAAGGCAUAUUUGGGAUAUUGUUAGAAACAAAGAUACCUUAUGGGUGCAGUGGGUCAGCAAGAAUCUAAUCAAGAAGAAGGAUUUUUGGUUUCUAACAGUCCCCUAUGACUGUUCUUGGUGUUGGAGAAGGAUACUAGACCACAGGGAGCUUGCCCGCAAAUACAUUCUAUCCCUGAUUGGAAAUGGUGAGUCCACUAGUUUGUGGAAAGAUGUGUGGCUUCGUCAAGGAAAUUUGAUGAACAUAUUCCCCACCCACAUGUCUUAUGAUUCAGCCCAUAAUGCUGAUGCAAAGGUGAGCAGCUGUCUAGUAAAUGGGCACUGGCAUCUGUCCCCUAACCUCUCUCAUGCUCUUGGAGAAGUUUCUGAAGCAAUCACUAGAGUUAAAACUGAUCGUCUCCUUGAAGACAAAAUUGUUUGGACUGCAGGCCAUUCUGGUGAUUACACACUCAAGGAAACCUAUAAUGCUCUUAGACACAAGAAUCCUAUCCUUGAUUGGAAUGUUCUUCUGUGGUUCCCACACUGGAGGUUAGGCUUAAGGAACUGCAGACACUCUAAUUGGGAAGAAGCUAUUACCUGGUGCAUUAGGCAGUUCAAAGGCAAGAAGGAUGUUGGUACUAUUAGGAAGCUCUCCUUUAAUGCAUUCAUUUAUCACAUUUGGUGGGAGAGGAACAACAAGAUUUUCACUCAGAAAAGCAGAACUUAUGAUUCAGUCUACCAUGGCAUCAUUGAAGAGGUGAAGUUAAAAAUGGCAGCCCACACAAUUUUAAUUCCUUUAACCCCUGAGAGCAGAACAAUUUCCAACUAUUGGAAUUGUGACACAAGAUUUAUAACUGCAGUUCAAGUGGAAUGCACAUGGGAGAAACUAGAUAUUGGAGAGGUGGCCAUUAAAACUGAUGGCUCCCUCUCUGAUGUGGCUGCAGGUUAUGGAGCUAUUAUAAGAGAUGAAAAAGGAAUCCCCUUGGAAGCUGUUGCUGGUAGUUCAGAGCCCCUCACAAUUACUCAGCAUGAGCUACAGGGAGUGGAAGCAGGUCUCAAGCUGGCAAUUCUCAAGAAUCAUUCUAGAGUCUCUCUAAGGUCAGACUCUAUGACUGCAGUUUCUUACUUAUUGAGCCCAAACCCAAAACCUCAUUGGGAAUGCCACCAUACAUGGGAAUCAAUUAAGCGCAUGCGUGCAAUGUUUUCUAGCUGCAAGGUUCAACAUGCCUACAGGGAAACAAAUAGAGCAGCAGACCUAAUUGCUGGCUCUCAUCCAGACGGGGUCUUCUUACUUAUUGAUCCUAACACCUUCACAGAAGAAUUGAAGAACAUUGUCAUUGAAGAUGCCAGCAGAAAAGUGUAUAUUAGAGAGUUGGGGUCUCCUUGA